AUCUGUCGAACUCCAUCCCCCCACACUGUGAAAUGGAGCAGACCAUAGGCGGGUGCGUGACUGGCCAAUCAGCGAACAGUAAAAUUUCCCUCAGCCAAUCAGGGGCCACAGAACAAAGCCGUAUAUUUGACCACACUGAGUCUGGAGCUUUCUAUCGGAGCUCCACGGUUUUCAUCAUGUCACCGCCGUCAGACUGUUACUUUCAUUGAAAUUUGGACAGUUGGUCAAUGGAAGCACUGAUUAUAAAUCAACCUGUUUGUUCUUGUGAUAUCUACAUAUCACUGUUUCCUGUUUGUCUUGUUUACUGACUGUGAUCGGUUCAAUAAUCAUUUAGUUAAAAGAAAAUGUCAUUUCAUUGUCAUGAAAUCAACUGACUGGAAAAUUGUGAACAUAACAACACAACAUAACACAAAACAACUACACAAUAACACAACUCUUACUCUUAUUAAUCUGUUACUUUGUGAGAGUUUAGUUAAUCAGCUAUGAUGAUUUAUGUCUCAACAUGUUGAAUAUUUUACAGUGUACAGACUCGACAACACACAAACAUGGGUUCACAAUCAUUUUGACAUCUCUACACCUACAACACUGAGCUUGAUGUUGUUACUUGUUAUGGUCUGGUGUGCGUGUGUGUGUGUGUGUGUGAUGACUUCACCUUAAAUAUUAGGUCACUCCUUAAACCCUCUAUCACGUCUUAAACCAAAAAACAGUGUGACAGGAAAUGUAAAACCAACUUGACGAGUGAUCCUCCGUCAGAGACAUCUGUCCAUACCGAGUAUGAACCUGAGGACAGAUUACAGCAGGACAACGUGUCCACAGUUUUCAUAUGGACACAGUCAACGCACUGGUGUCACUGGUGGAGGACAUGGACAGUGUGAUGUAACUGGCGGAGGACAUGCACACUUGGACAAGCUGGUAUAGCUCAGUGGACUACACCGCUGACUUUGAUACAGAAACUCAGGGGUUUGCCCUUAGGCAAUGACUGAAAUGCAUUAUUAUUGGUUAUUGUAAGUCGCUUUGGACAAAAGUGUCAGUUAAAUGAAUGUAAUGUAAUGUAACUGGUGGAGGACGUGGACAGUGUGGUGUAACUGGUGGAGAACAGAUGGUGCGAUGAUUUUUAAUGUUAAAAGAGUAGAAGCGAAUGUUUUAAAUUCGUCUUAAAUAGCUGCAGUAGAAGCUGUUGGAGCUGCAGUGAAGCUCAGGUGCUUCUCGGGUUACAAGUGUGUGAGUGUGUGUGUAAACAAUCAUCAGUGUGUGUUGUGUGAUGAGUUGUGCGAUGACAGGAAGGGUGUGUGUCGAUGAUGCCUUUCAUCUGGAAACUCAGGAUUUAGGAAGAGGAAACUGCAAACACUCAUUUUUCACCUUUGAAGUUUCUGCGGCGUGAGCUGAGCGGCAACAUCACACACCCACGAUGCAUCACUGAAUGACCAGGACGCAGCGUGUUGGUUUCUGUCGUUACCUGGCGUCCCAUCACACACCUGGAGGGGCGGAGCGUCAGCAGGUAAGAGCAGGUAAAUCCUCAGCUUCUCAUCUGAGCCUCAGACAGUAGAGGAGACACCGCAGCUGCAUCUGAAGGUCAGCAGGACUCUGAGGGUGUGAUGACGAACCAUCGCUGAUACCGAUCAGGUGUCAGUCCCUCCAGAUCACACGAUGAGCUCCUUCUCUCCUCCAAUCACUGAUCGGUGUUCUUCGUACCUGAGCCUCAGUCUGUGUCAUUCUGCUGGACUCUGUGAGAACCACGGCAUCUCUCAACCAUCAGAACCUCGGUCCGGCUCUGUGCCCUUCUUCUUCUACCCCUCUAGCAUGGACCCCGCCGGGCUCGGCCUCUACAAAGGCCCUCUGAGGGGCCCCGGCCCCGGGCUUUUGCCCUACCUGACCCCCUUCCACCACCACGGACACUUCAGCAUGUACGAGUGUCCCUUCGAGCCAGCGUUCAUCCAGAAACGAAACGAGCGGGAGCGUCAGAGGGUGAAGUGCGUGAACCAGGGCUACGCCAAACUGAGGGACCACCUGCCGGGUCAGAGCGCAGACAAGCGGCUCAGCAAGGUGGAGACGCUGAGAGCCGCCAUCGGGUACAUCAAAUACCUGCAGGGACUGGUGGAGCUGGAGGAGGGGAGUCACAGCGAGGGGGAGUCUCCCAACACCUCGUCCCCUGGACCACACUGUGGGUGAGAGUCUGAGGGGUUCACAUGUUAAACACACCCCCACUGCACAACCACCGGGGUCACUCAGGAGUCCAGAACCAUUUCAGAACCAGGCCAUCAGACCUGAGAUACCCUUAUCAUUUCUGUCAAAAAUAAUUUAAUGACUUUCCAAGGACCCGGAGAAAAGAUUCAAGGCCUUGAUCUUCAUCACCUAAAACAUGUGUAAUAAAAACAGGUUUACAGUGUGAGCUCAUUAAAUACUGAUUUUA